AUGAUAGAAAUGUUAUUAAAAGAAAAUAAUUAAGAUUAAGACUGUUUAAAGUUUCUAUUAAAUGUAUUUUUUAAAUAUUUAGAGAAUUAUAAUUAAAUUGAGAAUUUAUCACCUUUUGAAAAAAAAGAAGAUACUUUUUAAGUGAUUAUUAAUUCAAUUACUCAUUUGAUCAAGACCAUUAAAGAACAAGAUAUUAAUUCUGUUAAUUAUUACACUAAAAUCUAUACGGAAACAAGAUAUUAAUUCAUUAAAAAAAUAUCAUAAUAAGAGGUUAGGAUUUAAUUUUUGAAAUUCUUAGUUCAUCUCAAUAAGAUAGAUAAUCAUUUUAUAAUAAGUGGAUCUAAUGCAUUAAACAUAUUGGUUGAUCUAAAAAAUUAAAUUUUGAAAAUUUCAGAAUUACAAAUACUUCUGUAUUUGUAUUAAUUUUGCAAAACUUAAGUUCGUUUGUUUGUAAUUGGAAAAAAUUAAAAAUAAACUAUUUAUAUAAAUUAAAUGGUCAUACUAGUAAUGUAUAAUCAGUCUAUUACUCUAUCCGUUUAUGGGAUUUAAUAAAAAGCCCAAAUAGGAUGGUCAUACUAACUAUGUCUAGUCAGUUUGUUUCUCUCCUGAUGGAAUACAUUAGCUUCUAGUAGUGAUGAUAACUCUAUCCUUCUUUGGGAUGUUACAACAGAAUAAUAAAAAGCAAAAUUGGAUGGUCAUAGUAGUGCUAUCAUGUCAGUCUGUUUCUUUCCUGAUGGAAACACAUUAGUAUCAUGUAGUAGAGAUAACUCUAUCCGUCUCUGGGAUUUUAAAACAGGAUAAUAAAAAGCCAAAUUAGAUAGUCAUACUAACCGUGUCAACUCAGUCUGUUUCUCUCUUGAUGGAAAUACAUUAGCAUCUGGUAGUAAUGAUAAGUCUAUCCGUCUAUGGAAUGUUAAAGCAGGAUAGGAAAUUUAAUCCUCAGAUAAUAGAUAUAACGAUAUAUUGGAAAAUUGCAAGAUUUCAUUGUUAUAAAACAACCCAAUUACAGGUAUUUAUUAUUAAUAUUAUUUAGUUAUUACUAACAUUCCUAUUCUCUGUAUAUCCCAAACACCAAUCUUUAAAGCUAAAGGAGCUCUUGUACUUAAGGGAGAGUUUAUUAUUUAGUAAAGCUUUGACUUAAGAUUGGUAUUAAAAUCAAGAGGAUGUUGCAUUUUGGAAAGCAGUAUGAAAAAAUGUCAUAUUAUGAUAUUUUAGAACAUUAAAAAUAUAAUUAAGGUUAUUUCUUAUUAUUUUUUUAGAGUAAUGAUGUGUUUUUGA